AAUUUGAAAGAAAAUGAUGGAAAGGAAGAGGAAUACGUGAAAGCACAACCAGGGAAUCAUCUUGAAUUUCAUGAUGUAAAAUCGGAAAAGAUUCAAGAAGCACCAAAAAAAGAGGGAUGCUGUCAAAUUUGCAUGCUAUUUCUGAAAUUUACUGGUAUGUUUUGCUAUUUCUUUUGUUGUCCACCAAUACCAGAAAUGAUUGUUCGAAAACUAGCAUUUCAUCCGCUAAAUAAAGGAAAAACAUAUGUUGCAUGCGGAAUGGAUGCGCACAAUAAUCUUGUAAGAACAAAUAAUGCUAAAAAGGCAUCUCAACUUAAAUCACUGAAAUUUGAAAUACAGCAACUCGAUGAAGGAUCACUAAUUUUAACGGAAAAUGUUGAAAUGUCAAUAAUUAGAACAAGACGCAGCUCAUAUUUACCAAUUUUGAGAAUCAGCAAUAAUUUAUCAAGUGAUAAGUGUGAAAAGUUGGUUGUAUUGUUUUCGCAACCAAACAGCUCUGAUUUGGGAUGCUUUUUUCGGCCGCAAGGACUUAAUUUUAGCCAUAUAUCUGAACUGUUGAAAGUUGAUUUGUAUGUUUAUGAUUAUUCCGGAUAUGGUAUUAGCACUGGUAGUCCAUCAGAAAAAAACAUUUAUGCUGAUAUUGAAGCCGCAUAUAAAUAUGUUUCUGAAUCUCAAGGACCACAUGUUCGAAUUGCAUUACUUGGUUACAGUAUUGGUACAGUACCAACGGUUUAUAUGGCUUCCAAACAUCCGCCAAAUCUUUGUGGAAUAGUACUCGUUGCACCGUUUGCAUCUGCUCUAAGAUUGUUCAUUAAUACCAAUGAAACAUCUUGCAUGGAUCGAUUUUUAAGUUACGAUAGAGCACCAGAAGUUAAUGUUCCUGUAUUAAUUUGUCACGGUUGCAUGGAUGAUGUCAUACCAAAAAGUCACAGUGAAAUAUUGGUGAAACGAUUUCCACGUGCUGUUCCACCAUUUUAUAUAGAAGAAGCUAAUCAUUUGAGCAUAUUUUCCAGAGAGCAUCUUUCUGUAUUUUUUCGAAUUCACUAUUUUCUACUUAACGAAACUGAUUCAUUGCAAGCUGAAGUCAUAUGA